UGGAGGUCUUCUGUCACCCGCGGAAAUGUUCAAAAUAGACAAACUAAAAGCUUUGGUCAGUGAGCGCCUGACAGCCGCUGCCGAGGACAUAUUUAACCUCUUUGAACAAACUAUUAAAGAGUAUGAGCAGCUUCGUUCAAAGGACGUCGACCAACAACGGAGGCUGGCCGGGUGGAAAGACCGCCUGCCGCUCUCUGUCCAGGAAGAGGAAGUUGCCUCUGAGCAGGAGGGCUGUGAGAAGAAGACGGAGCAGUGUGUGGAAGACCAGCCGCCUCUGCAGAUUAAAGAAGAACAGGAGGAGGAGAAAGCUGAUACCAAAGACUCCAUGUUCAAUAUAAUUUAUGUGCAAAGAAGCGAUGAAGAUGGACCACAGUCCCCACAUGAAAACCAAGAAGACGAAGAUAAAGGAGACCAUUUCCCCAGCAGCUCCUCUAAACAGUUGAAAUCAGAGGCUGAUACAGAAGCCUGCGGUGCAUCAGAGCCAACCAGUGACUGUCAGAUGAGUGAAGUCAGUGAUGAUGAAUGGAGAGACGGUGGAGGUGUAAACAGCAAGAAGCCACAGCAGGCCGAUGAGACAGCAGACAGGCCGUACACCUGCAGCGUUUGCAACAAGAAUUUCAGGAUUAAAUCGAUUUUGACUCGCCACAUGAAGACGCACACGGGAGAGAAACCUUACAGCUGCGGCGUUUGUGGAAAGAGCUUCAUCCAGCGCUCCUAUCUGCACACUCACAUGAACUCUCACUCUGGACAGAAACCGUACACGUGUAGUUUCUGCGGCAGAGGGUUCACGCAAGUUGGAAACAUGAACGCGCACAUACGGAUCCACACGGGAGAGAAGCCUCACAGCUGUACUGACUGUGGUAAAAGCUUCAGAGAGAAAGCCGAUCUUAUCAAACACACAAUCAUUCACACUGGUGAGAAACCCUACAUUUGCACUGUAUGUAGUAUGAAAUUCAGCGCUCAGUCUAAUCUAACACGCCACAUGAAGACUCAUUCGGGGGAGAGGCCAUAUUGUUGCACUGCCUGUGGGAAAAGAUUCAUUCGGCGCUCCCAUUUAAUCAUUCAUAUGAAGACUCACGCAGGAGACAGUCUGUAGACUUGAGAAAUGACUACGUUUGCUCCAUGGCAUUUCUUUGAUCAUUUCCUUGGUAGAGUGGGCGAGGACGAGGACUUUCUUUCCACCUUCAGAAAUACACCAAACCUUGUACAAACGUUUUUCUCUACAAGUUGUUGCUGUAUGGUUUUGUACAGUACGUACAGUGUAGUUUGUCAGUGAUGCCCUUUGCAGUGGCCUAUUAGUGGAUGAUACAUUUUCCUUCCUUCCCAUGAAAAAAGCAAAACAAAUAAUUAGUUAGUUCCUUAAUACUUUCCACCGUAGACCUGUGCCAAUUAAUUCUGACUUUGUAAAUCUUUAUGAUCCAGUCAUAAAUAUGUAGUUUUGUUUUUUAAAGGCUCAGGAAUUUCCCUUAAAUAGCUUCCCAUUGUAGUUUUUAGCAAUUGUUACUUAAACAAGAGUAAAUAGUGUAUUUGUUGGGGACUGUUUUCAGACUUUGAUCUGUGGCUCUAGUAAGUAUUUCCUGCAGCAGGAAGGUGUACGUGGGGGUGACUCAAAAUACACUAUACUGUCAUAAAACCUAACCUGGUUAGGACCUUUGUUCUAAUGAUUUAGACAAAGUUUUUCUUUUAAAUCAAGACUGGGAUCAAUGGGAUCAUAGAGAUGAAUGAAGACAGAUCAUAAGAAACAAUGAUGUAUUUUUUUCUCAUCAUGUUAUUUUAUGUUUUAUAUUCAUCUUGUGUUGAUUUCUAAAGCAUAUUUUACUUUUAACAGCCACUGAAAUGUUGUCUGUAUAUUGUCCAUGU